GCCCCGUCCGUCUGGGCCGCGACCAUGUGCGGGCCCCGCCGCCACAACUGCCUUUUUGGCCUCGUCCUGGUCCUUGUCGUGAGCCCGUCGGACUCCCUGGGGCUCCCUGGACUCUCUGCCCAUCUGCCUCUAGUUGACCCCUUGCCCCAUGCGGAGCAGUAUGAAAUUGUAUAUCCAUUGAGGGUGCCCAUCCCCAGGGCCCGGAGAGACCUUUCCUCAGCUCCGACACUGUAUCCAGAAAACCUCCACUAUGUCCUGGGUAUGGAAGGAAGCAACUUCACCCUGCACCUGCGCAGGAACAGGGACUUGAUGGGAGCCAGCUACACAGAGACCUAUACCUUGGCCAAUGGCACCGAGGUGACCGAGAAGCCUGAUGACGCGGAGGCCCAGGACCACUGCUUCUACCAAGGCCACGUUGAGGGACACCAGGACUCGGCAGCAAGUAUCAGCGCCUGCCAAGGGAUCAGGGGAUUCUUCCGGAUGGGCUCGGCUGUCCAUCUCAUCGAGCCCCUGGAGGCCCAUGGGCACGAGGGCAGACACGCCAUCUACAGAGCAGAGCAUCUCAUUCAGAAGCUAGUGACGUGUGGGGUCAGCAACACCACCCUGGAGGAAGACCUGGAGCCCAGGAUGGCAGCCGCCCAAAAACCUCGACACUGGAAAUCGGGGGCUGUCUCAAAGAACACGCGCUACGUGGAGCUCUUUGUGGUUGUGGAUCAUGCUGAGUACCUGAUGUUUAAGAGCCGCGAGGACAUUCGGAGUCGCGUGAAAGAGAUCGUGAAUCAUGUGGACAAGCUCUAUCAGGAGCUCAAUUUCCGCGUGGUCCUCAUUGGCCUUGAGAUAUGGGAUCGUGGGGACAAGGCCCAGAUCAGCAGCAACCCCGAAUCCACACUGGACAACUUCCUCAGGUGGCGCAGCCGGGAGCUCGUCCCCCGAAAGAAGCACGACAACGCCCAGCUGAUCACGGGUGUGGAUUUUGAAAAAACAACGGUAGGGCUGGCCCGAGUGGCCUCCAUGUGUUCUGAGAGCUCCGGGGCUGUGAACCAGGACCACCAUGUCAAUCCCAUUGGGGUGGCGUCAACCAUCGCUCACGAGAUGGGUCACAACCUCGGCAUGGACCAUGAUGAGAACAUCCCCGGCUGCUACUGUCAUGAGCACAAGCAGAAGGGGGGGUGCAUCAUGGCAGCCAGCCUCAGCUCUGUCUUCCCCAAAGUAUUCAGCACCUGCAGCAAGAGCAACCUGGAGAACUUUGUGGGAAGCAAUGUCUUCCAAGCGAGCUGCCUAACCAACCUUCCAAAUCUGGAGGAGAUCUAUGGAGGGCCCAGAUGUGGAAACCGAUUUGUGGAGCGAGGGGAGGAGUGUGACUGUGGCCUCCCAGAGGAGUGCACAAACCGCUGCUGUAACGCCACGACAUGCAGGCUGGUCACGGGAGCCAUGUGUGCUCAUGGAGAAUGUUGUCAUGAGUGUCAGGUGGUGCCCGCCGGGCAGAUCUGCCGUGAGGUGCAGGACACGUGUGACCUGCCUGAAUAUUGUGAUGGCCGGCGGGGAGAGUGUCCCGAGAAUGUCUUCCAAGAAAAUGGCACUCCCUGUGAGGAUGGCUACUGUUACAAUGGAGUCUGCCCAACCUACCAGAGGCAGUGCCAGGCCCUCUGGGGCGAGGGUGCUUCCGUGGCCUCUGACAAGUGCUUCCAGCUCAAUGUACAGGCCCCCUGCUCAGCCUCCACACCAUCUCGAUGGAGCUCCAACAAGUGUGGGGUCCUGCACUGUUCUGGGGGAACCGUCACCCACAGGGCCUACUGCAUGAUCAGCCUGGGGGCUGCACAAUGUAUCAUGGCGACCAAGGGGAAAGAUGGGGAGCCUUUUGAGACAGUGGCCACCGGGACCAAGUGCGGCAAGGGGAUGGUUUGCUACAACGGGCGUUGUCAGGACCUCAGCGUCUAUGGGGCCAAGAACUGCUCUAGUCAGUGCAAUGGUCACGGGGUUUGCAACCACAAGAGGGAAUGCCACUGUGAGCCAGGCUGGGCUCCGCCAUCCUGCCAGCAGGAAGUGUCUUGUGUGACCUCAGGGGCCCGAGGGAUGCUGGCAGCCGUGCUGGUGACGCUGGCUGUGCUCGCCCUGCUGAUCAUUGGAGCCUUUGUCCUCUACAAGCGUCGAAUGCUGCCCCGCUUCCAGAAGAGGAAAAUUGGGACAGAAGCCCCUUCUGGCCUCUCAAACCCCAUGUUCCAAGAAGGUGGCGGCUGUAGGGCCCCUGCACCGGCAUCUGCUGCCCCUGCUGUCCAGCACCCUAAACCCCGCUCUGCCCCACCUACACCUCCUGCAGCAGGCGGACCCCAGACAGCCUUCAGAGUGCCUGUGUACACCAGGCAGGCCCCUCCUCAGGAGACCAAGCCCCCACCGCCCAGCAAGCCCCUGCCCGAGCUGAAGCCUAAGGUGGUCAAGCCAACUUCUGGUCCUCCACCACCACCACCUGUGAAGCCUCCAGCUAUGACUGCCCUGAAGCCCCAGGGAGCAGGUCCCAAGGUGGCUCUGAUGCCACCAGUCCAGCGCAGGUGACCGGAAACGUGGGCCCUGAGGCUGGAGACUUGGGGUGAAGGAAUCAGCUCCUUGCUUUGACGGUGCCCCAUCCUGGCAGGCUGGGACCAUGCCGGAUGGGGCACUCAGUUGUUUGCAACGCAGGGGGAGGGAGGAUGUGGGAUGACCUCAGCGGCUGUCUUACCCCCCAGCCCCCCAACCCUCGAAUAUCCCCCAGGCCUGGGGCUGGCCUGUCUGAGAGCCAAGGCCGGCAGGUCCCCCGGCAUCUUUGGGGCUCACUGCAUGACUGGGUAAUGCUGCCCAGUGCCUGCUCGGGGACAGUGGGUCCCUGCAGCCUCGGUGGGCAGUCCAGACCACGGCAUGCUGCCUGAUCCACGACCCGCACGCUUCCUCCCCAUCCAAAGGCCCUUGCUCUUUCUGUGUGGGAUGGACAUAGCUCAGGGACGGUGGCUUCGCUCUGCUCAUUUCAAGCUGUCCCCAAAAGGCUGCAGCAGUUUUCCAUCCUCCCUGUCUGUGGGGCAUCCAGGGACAAUUCAAUGUCUCCUCAAGGCCCCUGUGAACAAUGCUCCAGCUGGCCCCUCCCCAGGCCUGGCUGUCAUGGGAUCACACCCACUUUAGUUUGAAUCUAGUUUGGUGAGCCGCAUGAUCCAAGGCAGCAGCUUCUCUGGGCCCCCCAACAUGCUCCGGCACAAGGGCUAGGGACCUCUGGGCCCCCCAACAUGCUCAUCUCAGGUUUGGGGACAACUGCGGAUGCUGCUCCAGUAAGAUAAUUAGUCUUCACUGCUGAAAAUGCUGCAUUUAAUCAUGAAAUGAUUGGAUGAGAGACUCGGGGAUAAAGUGGCAACGCUGUGAAGAUUUUUAGAACAGUAAAGCCCCACCCUAAUCUUUACCUGACGGUUGUUCUAGGCGCUGUGGAGGCUGGAGCUUGGCAUUUGGAGACGAUUUACAUGUUGUGUAAAAAAUAAAAU